AUGGAAGUGAAGUUUCUGGUUUACCUAGUGUUGGCUGAAUUGGUAUUUUUCAUUAAUGCGGUGACUAAUGUUGAAAAAGAUGAAGGUAGCAAAGGGAAAAAUGAUAUUAGAGAAGAAAUCGAGAAACCUCUCGACUUUCUUACCAACCACCCAAAGGGUGAAAUCAAAGAUUACUUCUUACCAGCUGUAUUUCCCAAUCACGAGGAAAUGGAAGAGGAUGAGGAAGAAGACGAAGCAGAACAGACCUAUUUAGAUUAUGAAGACAGUAAUUAUAAGGACCCAACAGAGACCACAAUUAAAAACGAUGAAUCACACAUUGAUGAUAAGAUCCCACUACAUCCAACUAAUGAUAAUCUACCAGUAUUCUUGCUUGAACCAGAAAAUACGUAUGUUGUUAAAAAUAAACCAGCUAUUCUAAAAUGCAGCGCUGCAAAUGCUUUAGAUGUAUAUUUUAACUGUAAUGGAGUUAAAACUCUAUCAACGAACUUCGAAUUUGUGGACCCUCAAACUGGAGUUAGGAUUAUUGAAGGGGAAUAUAAAGUGACAAGAGAUAAAGUCGAUGAAUAUUUUGGAAGUGAGAAAUUCCAAUGCUCUUGCUUUGCCUGGACUAGCAGAGGUCAUGUGUGGAGUCAGCCUGCGACUAUUGAGCUUGCUUAUAUAAAGAAGCAUUUCAUAUUAGCACCCCAAUCUCAGCUGGUGAAAUUGAAUAGUGGAGUGACAUUCCGGUGUGAGCCACCCCAAGCGGCGCCAUUUCCACAAACGUACUGGCUGAAAAAUGGCGGACCCGUCGUAGCCGAUGACAAUGUACAAAUAACUAAAGAAGGCAAUUUGGUUAUUAAACAGGCCACUUUAUUGGAUAUGGCGAACUACACCUGCGUCGCUGAGAACGUAGCGGGGAAAAGGAUGUCUGAGCCCGCCUUAUUAACGGUCUUUGUGAAUGGAGGCUGGACGACAUGGUCUACAUGGAGCGACUGCUUCUGUGCUGGACAGCCUCGUGAGGGUCGCGGCAGGAGACGAGUGAGGACCUGCACGUCCCCAAGACCUAUGAAUGGCGGUCAAGCAUGCGUAGGACCUAGUAUUCAGAAAACGCAGGAUUGUUUUGACUGUGAUUUGGAUGUUUACGUAGACACAUUGGAUGAGCUGGCUGAUGAAUCGUCGGAUAUUAUUAUUGGUCGUUGGUCGAAAUGGUCGGAAUGGUCCCGUUGUGACUCGGAUUGUCUACAAACGCGUCGAAGGCGCUGCGUUACAAGCACAGCCUGCCUCGGAAAGGAUUAUCAAGUCGCACAAUGUCCACUUUGUAUUCGAACAUCGAAAUCUGAUCUGCUACAUGACGGUUCAUCAUAUUGGCCCUUAUUCAUAAUAGUAUCAAUAGCAUUCCUUAUAUUCAUUAUAGUCGCUGUGUUAGUUAUAAAAUAUAUGAAAAUAAAAAUGACUGAAAACUCACCCUACGUGAAACCGCCGCCAGGGUCAAAUUAUUUUGGUAGUGUAAUAAAGAGAACACUUACAAACCAGCCAGACUUGAUCCACGAGGAAUUUCAGACAGUAGCGUUAACAAGACAAUCGCACAGACCACCAAAUGCCAAUGUCCGUCACGAACAUUUGUAUGAGGUGCCUCAAUUGGCUAACAGCUAUAUGUCACCAAUAGACCAUGAGGUAAGCAAAGAGCGGAACCCGAACGAAAAGAUUUUCGCUUGCAAAGACCCCGUGGAGUCUGAGAGGUCUGACUCCAGCUGCUUUUUGAGUUCUGGUUCAUCAUAUGGCAAUGAAAGUGUAGAAAUGUCGCCAUCAUUAAAAAACCACGCCUCCGUCGAUUCUAAAGUCAAUCAAUUUUUGGAAACUACCACGUCGAAGAUUGUUUUGGGUGAUGGCGAUUGGUUGAAUUUGAAUAAGUGUGGAGUUAGUUUGUUCAUCCCCGAUGGGGUUGUGGAGAAAGGAGAGGAACUCUUCUCCCUUGAUGUUACUGAUGAAGAAUGGAAUAGGCCGAUAUUACAAGAAGGGGAAACUCAACUGAGCCCAGUAAUCAGAUGCGGCCCCAAAAACUUCCACUUCUCUAAAGGGGUCGUCCUCACUUUCCCGCACUGUGCCGCCCUAAAAAGCUCAAGCUGGAUGCUCUCAAUACUGCAAAAGCCCGAGGAAAUCAAUUCAAGAGAAUGGAGAAAAGUUCUAACACUCGGUCAAGAAACUCCGGGAACACCAAUAUUCGCUCAAGUCGAUCCAACUAAAGUUUAUUUAGUGUGUGAAUUUCUCAGUGACUUCGUUCUUAUCGGCCGAAGUUUCAAUGGCCUAGAUGCGAAACUUUUGAAGCUAGGCAUAUUUGUUAACAAAACCAGCGACGACCAUUAUUGCUUAAACGUCCGAGUGUGCAAUGACACACCGUACGCGUUCUACGAGUGUUUUGAAAACGAAAGGCGCGCGGGCGGGUACUUGUUGUGCGAGCCGAAAACCUUGUACUUCCAAGAGAAUUGCUCCGAUCUCUGCUUCAACGUUCGAGACGUAGGAACGGGGUGGAAAAUACAACCGGAAGCCAAGUACCAGGAGCUUUCGUACUUACACGUUUGGAACAUGAGCGUUAGGUCUUUGUACUGUGUUUUCGCGUUGACCCAAAUCGACGCGAUCAAUUGCCUGGAACUGAACAUAACGGUGUAUCAGAAACAGAAACAAUCGAAUUCCGUCAAUUUCAAUUUGAAAACGAAUGAUUUUAAUUCGAAUCUCAAUUGUAAUAAACGAUUUAGCUACUCGGGCACGGAGAUGGGAUAUACAGUUAAUAUUCUGGAGAAUCCAUUCAAUUAUUCGUCGUUAUCGAAAAAGGAGGACAAGUAUGAUUUUAUUUACAGGAACGGAAACAGAAAUUACACGUUGGACAAUAAUUAUUAUAGGAUUAACGUGUUGACGAAGUCCGAUAGGGUGAUAUUGUGUAAAUUGUUGGAUAGCCAGUCGUCGAAAGGGAACGAUUGGAGAUUGCUGGCUGAGAAAUUGAAAUUGACGUCGUAUUAUUACUAUUUCUCGAACACGUGCUCUCCCACGGAGAAUAUAUUGAAUCUGUGGAUAUGUAGGAACAAUGAUGCGAAUAUGUUGGUUAAUUUGUCGAGGAUUUUUAGAGAGAUGUCGAGGGUGGAUUGUGCGACUGUUGUUGAACGACGAUGCUUUCCUAAUUAG